UACAACAUGGCCGCACACAUGUCUAGGUUCCGAUCUUGGAGCCGAGUACAGAGGUAUGGCAUUGCAGUUUGUAGGCAAUACAGCAGUGGUAACGGUUAUCCCAAUGUUUCACUCUCCUCGCCGUUACCUGGAAUCCCAAAACCUGUCUUUGCGUCCGUGGAUGGUCAUGAAAAAUACGAGACUAAAAUCACUACGCUAGAGAACGGUCUGAAAGUUGCAUCACAAAACAAAUUUGGACAGUUUUGUACAGUUGGGAUUCUGGUAAAUUCAGGUUCAAGACAUGAAGCCAAAUAUCCCAGUGGAAUUGCACACUUUUUAGAGAAACUUGCUUUCUCUUCUACCGCCCAGUUUGGAAGUAAAGAUGAAAUUCUUCUGACACUUGAGAAACAUGGAGGGAUUUGUGACUGCCAGACCUCCAGGGACACAACUAUGUAUGCUGUCUCAGCUGAGGUUAAAGGUCUAGAUACUGUAGUCAGUCUUCUUGCAGAUGCUGUCUUGCAACCCCGAUUAUUAGAUGAUGAGAUUGAGAUGACACGGAUGGCAGUACGGUUUGAGUUGGAGGACCUCAACAUGAGACCCGAUCCAGAACCUUUAUUAACAGAAAUGAUUCAUGCUGCGGCAUAUCGUGGUAACACGGUAGGUUUGCCUCGUUUCUGUCCCAUAGAAAACGUGGAGAAGAUUGACAGGAGCCUUCUCCACUCCUACCUGCGGAGUUACUACUGCCCAGAGCGCAUGGUGCUGGCAGGUGUCGGCAUUGAACACGAACAGCUUGUGGAAUGUGCUAGAAAGUAUUUGCUGGAUGUCAAGCCUGUUUGGGGUGCUAGCACACCUGGCAACGUUGACCUCUCAGUGGCACAGUACACCGGCGGCAUUGUUAAGAUGGAGAAGGACAUGUCUGAUGUGAGCCUGGGGCCAACUCCCAUCCCUGAGCUCACACACAUCAUGAUUGGUCUAGAGAGCUGCUCGUUUUUGGAAGAUGACUUCAUCCCUUUUGCUGUUCUCAACAUGAUGAUGGGAGGGGGAGGCUCUUUCUCGGCGGGCGGUCCGGGUAAAGGCAUGUUUACCCGGCUCUACCUAAAUGUACUCAACAGACAUCACUGGAUGUACAAUGCUACGUCUUACCAUCACAGUUAUGAGGACAGUGGUCUGCUGUGUAUCCAUGCCAGUGCAGACCCCAGACAGGUGCGGGAAAUGGUGGAAAUUAUUACACGGGAGUUUAUUCAGAUGGCUGGGACAGCAGGAGAGAUGGAGCUGGAACGAGCUAAAACACAGCUGAAGUCCAUGCUGAUGAUGAACCUGGAGUCACGGCCUGUCAUAUUUGAAGACGUAGGUCGCCAGGUUCUGGCCACAGGCAAACGAAAGCUACCACAUGAGCUGUGCCAACUUAUCAGUAAUGUCACGGCAAGCGACAUCAAGCGGGUUACGACAAAGAUGCUUCGUAGCAAGCCUGCAGUGGCCGCACUGGGAGACCUGACCGAGUUACCAUCUUAUGAACAUAUUCAAGCUGCUCUGUCCAGCAAAGACGGACGCCUGCCUCGUAUGUACCGCCUGUUCCGAUAGGAAAGCCAUCAGAAGCAAUGUCACAAGGUUACAUAAUACUGGGGACUGACUGAGAGCUAAUGUUGCUUCAGUGGAAAUGAAGCAGAAAAGCCUCUAACAAACUGAAGUUGCAUCUUACUCUGUGUAUGGUGUUUGUUAUGGUGGUCUUGAAAUUGCAUUGUACAUGCCUAGAAAUAUACUUACUUCAUACA